CUACCACCAAAAUGCUGGCAAGUAGUGAAAAGUUACGACCCUUAUUGUCGGGCUUGUUGCACGGUCAGUUUGGUCAACAAAUAGCCGGCAUGAAGUUUUUUGCACCACCAAUUAAAUACGACAAUAUUGUAAUCCCAGAGAAACCCAAGCUUCGUUUCAUGGAGAAAGUUCCCCAGCUGCCCAGCAAUCUUCGUGCACCCAAGAUGCAAAAGAAAUUGAAAUGGAUGCGCGGCCCGGAGCUAGUACACAAUUCGCUUGUACACAAGCAGUAUGGAAUAGUUGCCACGGGAGGUGGUCGGUUAAGAUGGGGUCACUUUGAGAUGUUGCGACUUACAAUCGGUCGCAAGAUGGAUAUAAGCCGCAUGUUUGCGAUCUGGCGUAUCGAGGCACCGUGGCAACCGGUGACCAAACAAGGCCAAGGACAGCGUAUGGGUGGUGGCAAGGGUGCGAUUGACCAUUACGUUACGCCAGUCAAGAGUGGACGCGUGAUUCUAGAAUUAGCGGGAAAGCUAGAAUUUGUGGAAGCCAAACAAAUCCUCGAUAUCGUUUGCCCCAAGCUACCCUUCAAGGCAAUGGUAGUUUCACAGGAAAUGUUGGAAAACAUGAAAGCCGAGGAAGAGCGUUUGGUGCAGGAAAACCUUAACCCGUGGAAUUUUAAGUACAUCAUCCAAAACAAUCUCGGAGGCUGUCACCGAUGGUUGUCGCCAGUGGAUCACAAGUGGUUCGGGAAAUAUUUGUAAAUCGUCUAGCGA